UCUUUGAUCAUCAAAUUUCUCCUCAUGGUGCUCUAAAGCUGAGUGUUCUGAAUACAAUUAAAUAUCUAUCAGAGCAAACAUCAUUCAUCAAAAUUCAAUCUUGACUGUAUGUUCUGAAGAGGAGCUACAGCAUUAAACAUGUCUGUCCUCUUUCUUGUCACUGUAUGUGCUUCUGUAGGCCAAGGCUAACCUUAUAGGGAUGCAUUCAUAUUCGAUCUGAAGUAUUUAUGAUAACUCAGAUCUUGACAGGCUACAUUUUCAUGGGUUUCGGCAUUCUGUAUGUGUAUAACCCAGAACUGAAGAUUUCAAGAAGUCUCAUGACCAAAUUUACUCUGAUAUCUUAUGCAUUAUUUGAAGUUAUUGCUACAUUUCUAGUGAUCCUCUCGAUGUUCGCUCAAUGGGAAGUCUUUUAAAACAAUUCAAACUUUGAGACUCAUAUAUUCUAUAGGCAUGUAGAUGGAGUCAAUCCUUGGGCGAAGAAGGGGCUGCCAAUAGCGGAUGCUUGCUAUUCUUAGCCUUUAUCUUUCUCACAAUUUCUACCUUAUUUCAUUCAUGAAUCAUAUUGAUGAUUUAGAAAACAAGGGACAAAAUUACAUCCAGAAUUAUGAGUAAGCUCAUUUUAGUCCUCCAAGAUUCGAUUGUUUUGGGAAUUCAAGAAGAAAGAGGAAAGAUUAUAGCUGAUCUUGAGGAAAGAUAUGAAGCUCCUUCUGCAUCUCUUUAUAUGACUGAGCCUUAUGCACCAACAGCUCGUCCUAGCUAUAUCGAGAUCGAGAAUUUAUCUAAUCAGAUGUUGAGGUAGAAUUUGACCAAGUUAUAAUUUCUGUCAGAAAUUGUGAUCUAUACCUCAAAUUUCUUCAAGUUUUCUGGGAUCAUCCUUCUUUGUCUCCAUAAAUUUACAUGUCUGAGUUAAGGACAGCUAUUCUUA